AUGCGACCCCGCGCCCUAACCGAUACAUCUCGAUUGAACAGGCAAGAGUUUUUCGUGCGAUUCAAAGGCCCGGCAGAGACGCCCUUUGAAGGUGGCCUCUGGAAGGUGCACGUCGAGCUGCCGGACACGUACCCGUACAAAUCCCCGAGCAUUGGAUUUGUCAAUCGGAUUUUCCACCCGAAUAUAGACGAGCUGUCCGGAUCGGUGUGCUUGGACGUCAUCAACCAGACGUGGUCCCCCAUGUUCGACAUGAUCAAUAUCUUCGAGGUCUUCCUACCGCAACUCCUACGAUACCCCAACCCUACCGACCCUCUCAACGGAGAGGCGGCUGCGCUGCUUAUCAGAGAGCCCAAGAACUACGAAAUCAAGGUCAAAGAAUAUGUCCAGAAGUAUGCGAAUAAAGAUGCGGCCGACGACGCCGGAGCCGAGAGCGAAGACGACGACGACCUGUCCUCCGUAGCGAGCUUCGACGACGAAGACGAGGAGCCCGCCGGCCAAAUGGACGACGUAUAA